GUCCACAUUCUUGGUUUUAAAUUUGGAUGACAAAAUGGAGCUACGCAAAAUUCUUGCUUCAUAUACACAAGCUACAUUGCGUGCUCCCAAUAAAGUAUAGUACUCGUGCUUAGCUUUCUGGCCAAUAUGGAGCAUUUCGCGAAGCUGCCGGAGGGAUGCAUCUCUGAAAUCGUUUCCUUCACUUCGCCGGCCGAUGCGUCGGCGCUGUCUGUCAUCUCCAAAUGCUUCAAAUCGGCAACCGAGUCGGACACCGUAUGGAAGAAGUUUUUGCCCUCCGAUAUUGAUGAAAUCGUCUCAAAAUCACCCGCUCCCUUUGAUUUGCCACCCACCAAGAAGGAACUUUAUAUGUUCCUUUCUCAUUCCCACAUUCUCCUUGCUGGAGGAAAACUGGGUUUUUCCCUGGAUAAAAGAACUGGAAAGAAAUGUUUCAGAGUUGCAGGCUCAGAACUUGUUUUCACCCAGAGGAAUCAUUCAAAUAGCAUGUAUACGGAACCAGAGCUAUUAUGCUCCAGGUUAUUCACUGCACAUGUUCUUUAGCUUUAAGAAUGACAGGUUAUAUACUCUUCUUAAAUUAACCAUUUUUAAUAUCGGAUACAAGGCACUCUGAUUUUGCUGUAAUCAAGUCAGAUGGUAGCGAGUUUGACGUUUUUGGGAGAAUCAGCAGUGAAAAGUUAUCUGAAAAAACACACUACUCAUCCUAUUUGGUGUUCAUGCCUUCAGCGGAGUCUGCCAGCAUCGCCCUCUCAUUCUGGGGAGUGUGUAGAUUUGCUGACAAUGAGGAUAGAGUUGUGCCUGAAAGGAGAGUUCGGUUUUAUAAUUUUCGAGUUCCCGUUGUUAGAGACGAUGGAUGGUUGGAGGUGGAAAUUGGGACCUUUUUCAACGCCGGAGGGAACAGAGGUGAUGUUGAAUCUUGUUUGCUUAGUGUCUUUAUUGGGUGCGGCCGAUUCCUUAUUGUGCGAAGGCUUGAAUUUCGGCCUUAUCGUGCGAGGGCUUGAAUUUUGGCCAGAAAUUAUUUUUGGGGAUUUUCUAAGGAAUUUUUGGAAGUAAAAGCCAACUUCUAGGCUUCUAGGCUUCUAGGCUCUAGCUAGAGAUGUGAACUGAAUAAAAAAGCAACUUUUCAUCUAGAAAUACAUAUAGACUAUGUAUAGUACAUUCUAUCUCGAUGGGGUAUUGGGGUGUAUCGAUCUACUAUCAGGACAUGUUCAAUAGCAUUCUGGUAAUUGAUUUGAAAUCUUAUGUAAUAUUGUGAAUUUAUUUUGGCCAACGUUUUUUUCUAAUUAUAUUUAUUUUUGUCAUAUCAUAUAUUCA